AUGGCCCCCGCCACGCACCUCAGUGGCUACCUGAAGAAGGAGGGCAAGAAGCAGAGUUUGCUCGUGCGGACGCAGAAGCGCUUCUUCCGGGUCGAGGAGAUCGCGCCGCAGCGGGGCGACGAGCCGCGGCUGGCGCUCUGCUAUUACCGGCGCGAGGCCGACGCGGAGCCGCGCGGCUGGCUCUUUUUGGGGGACGUCGAGGCCGUGCGGGACGCGGGGCCGGCGCUCUUCGUGGUCGAGCACCCGUCGCGGAGCUACGUCUUGCACGCGAGCGACGCGGCCGGGAAGAAGACGUGGGUCGAGGGCCUCCAGCGUUUGGUUGAUGACGAGCGGAAGUCGGGCGGGAAACCUUUGAACGUGCCGCAGCGCGAGAAGCCGGUCGGCGGCGCCGAGGACGAGUACCGGUCCCUCUACGAGGACGCCGACGGCGACGACCUCUACGACUUUGAUGAUGGUGCGAAGAGCCGCGAGAAACGUCGCGACGACCAUCAGGACAGCCUCGACGAGCCGCGCCACAAGAGCCGCGAGAAACGCCGGGAGAAACGCCGCGACGAGCAAGACGAAGAGCCGCGGCGCGGCGAGCGCCGCGAGCGACGCCGCGACGACAACGACCUCGACGGCACGAGGUACAGCGACCGGCGGCACGACGGCGAAAGCCUCGACAGCACGCGCUACAGCGACCGCGAGCGCCGCGAGCGCGAGCGCCGCCGCGCGCCCGAGCUCGGCCUCGCCGCGUCGCCCAACCGCGGGCGCCACGACCGGUACGACGACGACGCCGACGACCUGGACGCGCUGAACGCCGAGAUGGACGACAUCCUCUACGACCGCGAACCGCCCAAGCGCGAAAAGCCGCGGCGCGAGCGGCCGCAGCGCGACGCGUACGACUUCGUGCCGCCCAAACGAGGCCAUGAUGACGACCAAGACGAGCUCGACAGCCCGCCGAGGCGCCGCGACCGCGACGACCGCCGCCGCGACGACGACCGUGAGCGCCGCCGCGACGACGAGCGGGACGAUCGCCGCCGGGACGAGCGCGACCGCCGAGACCGCCGCGACGACGACCGCGACCGCGAACGCGAUCGCGACCGCCGCCGCGAUGACCGCGCCGACGACCGCGACCGCCGCGACCGCCGCCGCGACGACGACCGCGACCGACGGGACCGCGACGACGACCCGACGCCGCGCCAGCGCAAGGAGCGCAAGUCGACGACGCCCAUCGCGAGCCCGCUCUUCGACGACGAGAUCGACCUGGGCACCGAGAUCGUGCGGCCGGCCCUCGACGAGUCCGACGACCGCUUCGAGGCGAAGCGCUUCGCCCCGUCGCCGAAGGCCGCCCCAUCGCCGGCGAAGACGCCCGAGACAAAGGCCGCGACGCCCGAGGCCGCGCCCGCGCCCGUCCAACAGGCGCCUCCCUCAGCUCCCACGAAGAGCAAGACCCCGGUCCGCAUCGCGCGGCGCGGCGUCGGCGGCGACGAGCUGGCCAUCGACUGGAACGACGACAAGCCCAAGAAGAAGCCCCCGUCGGCGCUCGCGCGGCGCCUCGCGCGCGGCGAGCGGCCGGCCAAGUCCAAGUCCAAGUCCAAGCGGGCCCCGAAGGAGGCGCCGCCGCCGGCGGAUACGCCGCUGGCGGCGGACGACCACGAGGAGUCGACCGAGGACGUCAUCGCGACGCUCGCCAAGGAGCGAGAGCGCCUCGCGCGCAAGGCCUCCGUCCAGGGCGCCCGCGACGAGGCCGAGAAGGCCGCGAAGAAGAAGGCCAAGGAGGAGAAGCGCCGGCGAAAAGCCGAGAAAAAAGCAAGGAAGGAGAAGGCUGCCGCGCCAAACGACGAGAUCAAGUCGCUCUUCGCGAACGCGAUCAAGCCCGACGCGAACUUCGUCGAGGACGACUGGGACGCGUCGCCCGCGAAGCCGGCGCCCGCGCGCGCCAGCGGGCCGAUUGGUGGCUUCGGCGCCGUCAAGCCCGACGCCAACUUCGUCGAGGACGAUUGGGAUGCCGAGUAG